AUGAAUGCGCGAAGACUGUCAGAUUGUGAUCAUUCGAAAAGCGGAAUUUGCACACGAUGCGUACUUGAAAAAGCCUUCAAUUUAUCAAGCAAUGAAACUAUCUGUAUCACACAACCACAGCGUCUUUCCUGUAAUAGUUUGCACACAUUAUGCGCAAAUAAUGUAACGAAAUCUCAUCUGGCUGCUGUAUACUCCAUCGAUUCAUGCCAAAAAAGCAUGGACUCUGAAGAUGGUAUUGACGUAUUACUUGCCGACAAGGAGAGCAGUAGUGUAUCACUCUUUGUUGAUGAUAAUUCAACAACUGCCGUACUCGAAAAAGGUAUCUCUUCGGAAAGUCUAAGUUUGGGGCCACGUACUGCUGGGGAUGGUGCAGAUGACGAAGAAAGUCUAACUGGUACUAUUACUUCUGGUGAUUACAUAUGGCAGGAAAAUUGUAAUGAUGGACAUACAUCCAAACUCGAUGUAUCUGAAAAACAUGUGGAAAAGCGAGAAAAUCUCGCUGAAACAUGCACCGAGCCAGAAAAAAGAGAUGAAAUCAUUAUGACGAAGCAGGAUAAUAUUAAAAAUUUUUCUUAUUUUGCCGUAACUAAUCGAAGUUGGCUGCUGAGGUUAUUUGAAUCAGAUUUAUUCGAUAUUCGAAUAGCUCUACGGUAUCUCUCCAGUUGUAAAGAAGCCGGUGUUUUAAAUUAUUUAGGUAAUCGACUUUUUGAUCUGCCCACUGAAAUGGUGGAUUUUUAUAUACCACAACUUAUAGUACUGUAUAUAAAUAUGCGGGAAGUUGCGGAAGUUAUUCAUCCUUAUAUAGUCAAAAGAUGCAGAGAUAGUGUUGAAUUUUCGUUAGAAUGUUACUGGUUAUUGGGUGCUUAUGAUGCCAACAUAUUUCGAAAAUUCGAACAAAAAUCUCACGGACAUCAUUUACGGCACUCAAUUUUAAAUGAAUUUCGUGAAAGAUCAUAUAGUCUCAAGGCAACUGCAAUAGCGUUGUCACCGUCAACACAACGGCAUUUUCGGGCACUUUCAGAAGCCAGCCUGUUCAAAGCUGUUGAUAAAGCACAGCAAGUAAUCCCAAAGAUACAGAACAACGAUGAAGUUCUGAGUAAUAAAAAUAUUCAUGCUGCAGAAAUUUUUGGUGAUUUAACUAGUGGUGGCGCUUUUGACAAUGGUUGUUAUUGUUUUGAUGACGAACGAUGCAUAACUGAUAAAGAGAAUGUGAUGAAAAUGGAGUGUAAAUGUGGAGCACUUAAAAUUCAGCCGGGACAAGAAUUCGUGAAUGCUUUGAUGAAUAUUGGUAAUAAAUUAAAAGUCUUUUCAAGCAAAGAUAAGCGAACCCGUUGUUUGGUUGAUGAACUUUGUAAAAUUAAUGUCAAUCUUCCUGCACGUGUUUGGUUACCACUUUAUGCACAUUCACUGAAACAUAUUGUCCUUCGAAUACCACCACUUGCUGGAUGCAUACUGAAUAGCAAAGACAAAGCUCCAUAUUGUUUGUUUGUGGAAGUGCUUGAAGUGGAGGAUAUACGACAAACCAAAGUUCCCAAACGUAUCAGUGAUAUUGAAGCAGCAGAAUAUCAACGCAAAGGUCGUGAUAUUUUUGCAUCAGUGAUGGAAGAGGAUGCAGUAGCUGAAUUUAAAAAAAACACUAAAGAAAUCCGGACCAAAUCCAAUGAUUCCGUAUGUGCUGAUGUCUCCGUGAAAUCUCUUUCUUCGACAGGUAUCUCGCCAGAAUCCAAGGAAAAGGGGAAUAGUGCUGAUAUUCGAAAACGAUUCUCGCUUUGGGUCAAGGGUCCAAAACGUCAAUUACGCGAUACACCUGAUGAUCCAUCAGCAUCAGCGAUGAGUGAACCCUGGGAGGAUAAAGUAGCACGAAUAAAGCAUUCUUCGCCAUAUGGACGUCAUCCUCUUUGGCGUUUAUUACCAGUAAUCGUGAAAACUGGUGAUGAUUUGAGGCAAGAACUGUUGGCUUAUCAAUUGCUUUCCGUUUUGCAGAAUAUCUGGAUCGAAGAGAAAGUUCCGCUGUACCUAAGACCAUAUAAAAUAGUCGUAUGUUCGCCAAAUUCAGGAAUGAUUGAACCGAUAUUAGAUGCAUCAUCGUUGCAUCAGAUUAAGAAAAAUAUGAUAAUUCGUAGUCCAACAUUAGGUGCAAUGCAGCCGGCACUAUUGACACAUUUUUUUGAAACAUUUGGUCCUCCAAGUUCUGAAGCAUUUCUUGUUGCGCAGCAGAAUUUCGUAAAGAGUUGUGCCGGAUAUAGUCUUGCUUGCUAUUUCUUACAAGUCAAAGACAGACACAAUGGUAACAUAUUAUUAGAUUCUGAGGGACAUUUGAUACAUAUCGAUUUUGGUUAUAUACUUUCUAUAUCACCAAAGAAUUUGGGUUUCGAAACUUCACCAUUCAAACUAACACGAGAAAUGGUUGAUGUUAUGGGUGGUGUGGAUAGCGAUAUGUUCGGUUACUACAAAAUUCUAAUUCUGAAAGGUUUAUUAGCAACGAGGAAACAUUACGAACAAAUUAUCAGCAUUGUUGAGAUAAUGAUUAACGGCUCACAGUUACCGUGUUUUCGUGGUGGAAGCAACACAGUUCGUUUACUGAAAGACCGUUUUCAUAUGAACUACACUGAAGAACAAUUGCGAAUGUUAGUGGAUGUCAUGGUUGAGCAAAGCCUUGACUCGAUUACUACAAGACUUUAUGAUAAUUACCAGUACUAUAGUAAUGGGAUAUUGUGA